AUCCCGAACCGCUCCAGUGGUAGUUCUAAUAUGCGAGAACUGGGCCGACGGUUUUUUGUUGUUGUUGUUUUCUUCAAUUCCCACCUACUACGACGAGUAAAAAAAACCCAAACAACUAUAAUUUGUUGAUAACCCGUGCGUCAUCGGCUCGACCGGCGGGCAGCGGCGGAGACCACCGAGUCUCCGUCGUGCGUCAGAGCAACACCGGACUAAAACAAAAAAAACGGGUCAAUAAGUGCACUCACCGAACCGGCGAUUAGCGCAUUAAUUGAGCUCCCGCAGCCAGUCAAUCGGUCGUGACCCUCCACCCCUCCACCACCACCUACCACCGGAGUGACGCGUCUCGCGGAUGAGAGAGUGUGAGGCGGUGCGGUGUUCGGCGGGGUGGAGAGGAGAUGCGCAUAUCUGCAGGUUCUCUAGCGCGGUCGUAAAACGAGAUCCGGAGCCAUGCCCGGAGUGACCAAGUACAAUUUAGUGGAUGACGCGCUCGAUCUGAGGGUCCCCAUGCACAACGAGGAGGUGUUUAAUCAUGGGGUCUGUUUCGAGGCAAAGUACAUCGGCAGCUUGGAGGUGGGUCGCCCCGGCAGCCGGAUGGAGAUAGUCGCCGCGAUGAGGCGAAUCAGAUACGAAUUCAAGCUGAAGAACAUAAAGAAAAAGAAGGUCAACAUACUCGUGUCCACCGACUGUGUCAAAGUGAUCCUACGCAAAAAGAAGAAGAGAAAGGGCUGGUCAUGGGAUGAAAGCUCCAUGUUGGUGACACAAGACCCCAUCUACAGGAUCUUCUACGUCUCGCACGACGCUCAAGACUUGAAGAUAUUCAGUUACAUCGCCAGAGACGGGCAGAGCAACGUUUUCCGCUGCAAUGUGUUCAAGUCUAAGAGGAAGUCUCAGGCCAUGAGGAUCGUGCGGACUGUGGGUCAGGCCUUCGAUGUGUGUCACCAGCUGACCCUGCAGCAGAAAAGCGAGGAUCAGGAGGAUGAAGAGGGGAGGGUGGAGGAGCUGGAGGCAGCACCAGCAGCGAAGAAGAGGCUGGCGCUGUCAGAGGAGACGGACCUCGAAGGCACCACGGAGGAGAGCAUCGAGUGCGUCUCCUCGUCAGACCCAGAGAAGAGCAAAAAGGACGAGGCCCUGGGAGCCGAUGCCAAGGUGUGUGAGGACUCUCCUCUCCUGCUGAGCUCCCCCGUCAUUGAGGUCCCCUCCCUGGCCCAGGCUGCGGCCGAGGCCUCCUGUUCCGUGGAGCACCAGGUCCGGCUGCUCCAGAAGCAGCUCCAGCAGCAAGAGCAGCAGUCGCUGGCAGCUUCCGCACAGGUCCACGUUCUGCAGGAGCAGCUGUCGGUGGAGAUGUGUGCGCGCACCGAGGCCCAGGCCAGAGUCCAGAGACUGCUGCAGCAGAACACCGACCUGCUCCAGCACAUCUCCCUGCUGGUCAAGCAGAUCCAGGAGCUGGAGCUCAAAUCGGCCGGACAUUUAACAUCUAUGGGCUCCCAGGACAGUCUUCUGGAGAUCACGUUCCGCGCCAAGCCCCCAGGUGCUCCUGGUGCAUCCAUGACUCGCUCCUCGUCCGCGGGCCCUUUAGCAGCUCCUUCCCAGCUCCAGAUCGCUGACGGCGCCUGGUUCUCAGCCCUGCCCGGGCCCUGUUCCCCGGGCGCCACCGGCGCCGACUCCGACUCCGUCCCCCUGGGGCAGAGCGGCAGCGGGGUCCGACUCGAGUGCUUCCGCUUCUCCUCCCUGGUGUCGGACGGCCUGGCCGGGGGCCGGGACGCCGGAGAGACGCCCAGCGACGAGAGCUCGCUGCUGGGGGAGCAGGUGCUGGGGGCCCUGGAGCUGCUGCGCUUCAGAGAGUCCGGCAUCGGGUCGGAGUACGAGUCAAACACGGACGAAAGCGACGACCGCGACAGCUGGGGGCAAGGGGAGGGGGCGGGGGCGGACGGUGCCGCACGGCUCUUCAGCGUGCUGAAUUCAGAGUGUCUGCCGGACUGCCUGGGGGACGAGAUGGCCGUUUAGCGCUGCGACGACGUCUGGGUGAGGCGAGAGAAACUUCUGCACCGCUUCGAAGAAACCGGUGCAGAAACUUACCGAUGUUAUCACACAAAACUUAUGAGUUGUGGAAAGAAAAAGAGAAAAAGAAACAGAACUCACCGAUGGAGCUAAAUUGGGGCCGAAAAGUUUGUUCAAAAGAAAAAGAAAAUUGAAAUUGGAAAGAGGAUUCUAAACUGAAAAAUUAUUCUGAAAAUGUUUGAAACUGAAAGGAUAUUUUAAGCUCAAAAGAAAAUUUAAACCUGAAGAAAUGUUCAAAACUAUUUCAGUUUCUAAUCUCUUUUUAAAGUUUUUUUAUUUUUUUCUUUGAAAAAUUUAGCUCCAUACUCAUCUGCAGCUGUAAUGAAACUAUUCACGCGCCUUUCUUUUUCCAACUGUCUUAUUUCUGGAUUUUAUUUUGUUUGGUCAAAUUUACUCUCUGAAAGGUGAAAAAAAAAACUAAAUGAGCAGUAUUUGUAUGCUGUUGAAAACAGUGACCCUUAAAGUUAUCAAAGUCUUUUCUUCUGCUGCUUUUCUAGAUCGCUAACAUUCCUUUGAUAGCUGCUCAGCAGCUGCUGGGUUUUUUGGGGCUUGAAAGAAUAAUCAGCCUCUACUGCAUCUGCUGCGUGUUCAUCCAGUUGUGAAAUUUACUGAUGACAGAAUGUUCUGAUGGGAAAUAAUUAUCUAGCGCAGGCGUCUCAAACUCCAGGCCUCGAGGGCCGCAGUCCUGCAACUUUUAGAUUUGUCUCUGCUGCACCACACCUGAAUAGAAUAAUUAAGGCUCUGGAGAACUGAUCUACACAAGGAGGAGGUAAUUAAGACAUUUCAUUCCAGUGUUUUGUACCUGUGGCACAUCUAAAAACUGCAGGACCUCGGCCCUCCAGGACUGGAGUUUGAGACCCCUGAUCUAGCGUGUUUCUUUUUUUUUUCCAACGGCUUUGGAAAUAAAAUAUUUUUCACUAGGCAUCUCGGUUUCUACGGAGGACCGAAAGGGACAAAAUGAAAUAAUUAAAUAUGACGCAGAUAAUUAAUUCAAUUGGUAUUUUUUACUUCCUUCAAUUGGCAUUGCCACCAUUAGAUUAUUUUAUCUGUCAAACCUGCCCAUCAAAGUCGAGUGGAGGACUAACAGUGGUCUGAUGAACUCCACUGAUUCUUGGAAAAUUAUGGAAUUGUAACGGAGGAUUUUUAAGAGCUUUCACAACUCAUGAGCUUGUUAGAGAGAUUUUGCAAAAAGCAGACAACGUAGAAGCAAGAGGUUGUCAUCUGGACCACGCAGAGGAGAAAGUCGAACUACUGAUUAAAUGCCACGAUUUUCAAAGAAUGAGGCCAAAGUAGUUAAGUUUGACAAAAGUUUUAGGCGCACCCAUAGCCCCGCCCACAGCCCCACUCCUUCACUUUGAUGAACAUGGUUGACAAAUAAAACUAUUUCAGGAACAGAAAAUAUGAACUAAUUAAACAUAUGUUUAAAAAAAUGUUUAGAAAGUUUGAAUUUUAAUGUUUUAAUUCCAUAUUCAAUAAAUGAUUUAGUGAUGUAUUUAUUUAGUUUUGUCCCAUUUGGCCCUCCAUACAUUUUGACCAGUACAGGGCAAUGUUUUUCUAAAACUCGUGUCAAAACAAAAAAAAAAAAAAAGCUUCUGAAACUUAUUUUGAAACUCUCCAAAAUAUAUUUUUAUUUUUUAUUGCUAUUAAUCUUUAUUAUGUUUAACACCAGGUUCAGAAAGUAACUCAUGACCUCAUCCACCUCCUGCAUAUGAAAAGCACAGAGGACUACAAAGACAAAAUAUAACUCUUAGGAAUGAAAUCUAAAUCUAAAUUCAAAGCUGCUAUCACACUGUUAGCUAGCUAGCUGGCUGUUUAUAUGUGUAUAUUGUAUAGAAAGAACGUUUGUUUUAAAGGUCCGGACAUAAGGAAACAAUGGAAAAUUUGUGGAACAUGCAUAAUUCAAGAGAAUUAAUUGUGUCUCUUUUUGGUUUUGAUGUGCUCGUGUUCUAGAUAGUACAUGUGCAUUGGGAUCAGAAGUGUGGAAUUCACUGUUCCCGUUCAUCUUGUUGUGAUACCACACUUUGGCGAGUUUUUUUUUUGUUUGUUCUUUUUACUUGUCAUACUGAAGGAUCAACUAACCAUCUGGGAGUCAGUUGUCAAUGCCCAACGAGUUCCCCUAAUCCAUCAAACAAAUGUUAGCCAGUCGGAAAGUAGUUAAAGCCAUUACACUUUCAGUGUCAAGCUUCAGCCAUGCUAAGGUGAGUGAGUCUUCAUCACCACAGACAGCAUAGUGUAGCAUGAGAUGAAGUCAGUUAUUGGUCAUUGCAGCAAUAACAUGUAUGUCUCUCUUACAGCAGAUUUUUGUCAAUGUGCCCAAAGGAUUUGUGGCAGCUACGCUUAACAGUUUCAGAUUGUGUUUGCUACAGUAUGAAAUGUGUAAUAAAGUGAUGCGGAAGUCUUAAUUUUCUAUGUGAGACAAAAGGCAGAGAGGCAAUAUUAUCCCAGGGAUGUUAGACAAACAAACAUCCAUGGGUGUGGAUUUGAGACCACACUGGGUAACUGACAGAAUCAGAAAAUAGGUCGGGCUGCCUUCCGUUGGAGCCGCUUCAAGCACCAAGGUUGACCGAGUGUCUGCAUAGCGUAGCGUGAGAUUAAGUAACAUCAUAAUUGGGUCAUUGCUGCGAAAUUUAUUGCUUUCACAAAUUUGAUUGUAGUUGUGUAUGUGUGUGAUAUAUACGGUGUCCAAAUUGUUAAAAAUUUUGUUUUCAGGUGAAAAUGUGAUCAUUAUUUUUGACCAAAUUGACCAUCAACAGCUUUUCUAUGAGGUAUGUAGCAAGUUUGUGACUUCUAGAACCACUAUUAUAAAAAGUUUGGACAUAUGUGUUAGCUUCACAUAUUCAGGAAAAAUUAUUUAUAUUUUGGUUAAAAUAUUGGGAGAAAUAAUUAGCCACCUCUUAUCUAUCGAUUGUCUUUUAUCGAACAACAGCGUUUAGUAAUAGUAGGAGAUUUGUUAAAUAAUACAAACUUAGGGACGACUGAGCUUUUUUAAGCAGUAUUGUGUAAGACUUACAGAUAAUUUAAUCUAAAAAAUAAAUAUCCAUUUAAAUCCUAAAUUUAAACAGAACGCCAUGAUGUCAUCUGAUAAAUAUUAAAAAUUCUCGAUAAGAAAAAAACUCAUGAUACUAAAUUGAUCCAUCCAUUUUCUGUAUUCUCUUGUCCCUUAGUGGGGUCGGGAGGUACUGGUGCCCAUUUCCAGCUAACGUUGCGCGACAGGCGGGUUCACCCUGGACAGGUCGCCAGUCUGUCGCAGGGCAACACAGAAAACAGACAGGACACACAACCAUGCGGACGCACACACACACACACGCACACCUAUGGAGAAUUUAGAGAGACCAAUUUCUCUCUAAAUCGGAUUUAGAGAGAAAUCCAUGAAGAAAGACCCCGGGCCGGGAAUCGAACCCAGGACCUUUUUGCUGCAAGGCAACAGCUCUACCAACUGCGACAACUGUACCAGCUGUUUGCGAGAUCCAUAUUUAUUUAAAUGGGGCAAUACUUUUUUCUUUUUUUUUUUUUGGAGUAAAUUUUGCUGCACAGGCUUUAACUUUAAACUGUAGUUAUACAUGGCAUUAAUCUGAGCAUGCAUCUAAACAGUAUGACCCGUUCUAUUCACUUGUACAAUGCAUAAAAUAAUCAGCUUGAGUUUCCUCACUCUGGUUUUUGUUUGUUGACAUGUCUGUACAACAUUAUCAGACAUUUCAGAGGGAAAUGGCUAACUAGCUUCUGUCCUGUCUCUGUUGCUUAAAAAUGUAGCGAUGUCACAGUGUCAGCGCUAAUUACUAAUGGGGUAUGUUUUCAUAAGUCUGGUUAUGUUGUGCUGUCAUGGACAGUCGGUGUAAUUUCAGUGGGAAGAAUUGACAGUCAACUUAAUAAUGCUAAUGCUGCAAUGCUAACAGAACUGAUAGCUUUUGUUUGUUUGGGUUUUUUUUUAAAUGAUGCGGGAAGUUCUCUAAUAUGUUUUUUUUUAUUUCAGACUUAUGAAACCGUUAUUAUAUUUUGUUUUAAAAAAGGAGCAAAUUUUAUGUUUCUUAGGACAAUCUUGGAUUGAGACAAGAAUCAAAAUAGUAAUAGUAUAUGAAGCACAGGCUGAUUAUUUCUGCAUUUCAAACUGUUUAAACUUGUUAAUUCAAUCAUGAAAACAGAAAAAAAAAAUUUGUUUUGAAAAAUAUUGUUUAAAUCUUGUUCUCAUAGGCUACUUAUAAUUUAGAAAGCGUUGUGCAGCUACACCUAUUGCUCAUUUUCAAUAGCCUUCUUGCCGAAACACUAACUGUGUUUCCAUAACCAUAUAAUUGCACAAUUUGACAUUUCGAAAGUAAAUUUACUUUAUGGAACCAUGUCAAUUUUGAAACAUCUCUAUUUUUCUGAUUAAAAUGUUUUAUCUCAAGGGUGAGGUGUUUUUUUGUUUUGUUUUUUUGUGUUGUUGUUUUUUGGCUGUAUCAAAAUGAGGUUUUUUCGCAGAAUUGCAAUGGAAAUACUUUUGUCACUUCACAUGAGCCACAUGAUCGACAACAAGAUGUUACCGCUAGCGCAAAGCAGGACGAAGACAACAAGAAGCAGUUGGACAAUGUCGUGGCAUGUCUUGUAAUGACUUAUCGCGUGAACGAACUUACUCACGUCUGAAGUUGAUUAAAUGGAAAUUGCUAAAUUGUGUUGUUUUUUUUGUUGUUGUUGUUUUUGUUUUUUUGUCCGAGAUCAGUGGAAUAUUGACGAAGAUUUGUGCAAACUUUCAGAUUUUUUGUGGAACGACUGACUGACACCUGGCUGGCCUCAGGUUUGCAACCAGCUUGUGACUGUAAAAACCAGUAACCUCCUCCAGUUGAUGACAUCCUGGCUGUCCAUGAACUGCUGCAUCAUUGUUGCUUCACACGUUGAAAUGUUUCGGGACAAUUUUAGGAGCGAUGACGCAUUAAUCAGUCAUGUUUACAUAGAAACAAUGCACCAGGCUUAUGAUGACUGUGAGUGUACUUAUUAUCCGUUGGUAAGGUCCAUGUAUGGCUAUCUGACAGAACACCGUUUCUAAACGUGAAUGUUGUGUCCUCUCCUCUCUUUUGUUCUUCCUCACCUUUCUCUUAAAGUUUCUAACCUCCUUCUUUCUCUCUUUCUGUACGUUACCUACACUUUUUUCCUUCCAGGGUUAUGUCUGUUCACAAGAAGUGUACUAAAAAUGAAAGUGCACUUAUGUUGAUGUUCCUCAUGGAAUUAAAUGUCCUUCCUCAAAA